AUGAAGGAUCUCGAAUCACAGCAAGCUGGUACACACAUCGAUGCGGCGGCAGCGGGCGGGCUUGUGUGGCAAGACCUCAAGCUCACGCUCCCGCUCAAGCGCUCGCUGCUCUCGUUCCGACGCGGCACCCCCGCCACCCCCGAGACGGAAAAGGCGCUGCUCGAGGGCCUGUCGGGAUCGGUGGCGCCGGGCGAGAUGCUGGCCAUCAUGGGUCCCUCCGGUGCGGGCAAAUCCACGCUACUCGAUGUCCUAUCCGCGCGCAAAACCUCCACCGAGGGUAGCGUGACGGUGGGCAUCGGCGCCAAAGACGUGCGCAGCGUGUCGAGCUAUGUAGAGCAGGCCGACUCGCUGCUGGGCGUGCUCACGGUGCGCGAGACCAUCUGGUACUCUGCCAAGCUCUCGCUACCUCCCUCCACAUCGAACGACGAGAUCGAUCGACGCACCGACCUGGUCAUUGCGGAUCUUGGCCUGAGCGGCGUUGCCGGCCAGAGGAUCGGCACACCCAUCCAGCGCGGUGUGUCCGGUGGACAGAAGAGGAGGGUCUCGAUCGGAUGCUCGCUCGUCACACUGCCGAGGAUCCUGUUCUUGGACGAACCCACAAGCGGACUCGAUACGUUUACGGCGCACGAGGUGGUCAUGGCCAUCAGGAAUCUCGCAAAGAGGCACAACAUCGCGGUGCUCGCCACCAUCCACAGUCCCAACUGGGAGAUCUUCAGUGCUUUCGACAAGACGCUCCUGCUCAGCAAAGGCAGGACCAUCUAUCAGGGCUCCACCAAAGGCGUGGCAGAGUGGUUCGAAGGACUGGGACACAAAUGCCCCGAACACACGAAUCCGGCAGACCACAUGAUCGGUCUGGUCAACGACGACUUCCUCGAGUCCACCAGGACGGUUGCAGGGCACGACACGGUGGAAAGCAAGAUUGCAAAGGGCGACACAAGGGCUUUUGCGGAUGCGUGGGCUAGACAUGCAGCUCAGCCCGUGACGGCAGCCAAUAUGCGUGCACGAUCGCCGUCCGCGUCUACUGCCUCUGCCGCAGUGAAAGACGAGGAGCAAUCCCCAGCGGCGGGGACUUCGGGCUUGGGAUCGCAGUGGUCGCGAACCGUGACGCUGACGCGACGCAACUUUGUCAACUACUCGCGCAACCUGCUCGCGUACGGCGUGCGCCUCGGCAUGUACAUCGGCAUGGGCGUCCUCCUCGCCACCGUCUGGGUCAACCUCGCCCAGACCGACACGCGCAUCAACGACCGCCUCUCGGUGCACUUUUUCUCGGUCGCCUUCCUGGGCUUCAUGGCGGUAGCCGGCAUCCCGUCCUUCCUCGAAGAGCGCGCCGUGAUGCUGCGCGAAUCCAAGAACAGGCUCUACGGUCCGCUCGCCUUUACGCUCGCCAACACCAUCUCGACCGUCCCGCUGAUGUUCGUCUGCUCGUUGCUGUUCAGCGUGCUCGUCUACUGGUCCAUCGGCCUGCAUCCAGGAGCGGGCUACUUUUUCCGCUUCCUCGCCUUCCUCUACCUCGGCGUACUCGCAGCCGAGUUCCAGGCGCUUCUCAUCGCAGCAGCGAUACCCAUCUUCGUGGCAGCGUUGGCGGUGUGUGCGUUCCUCAACGGUUUCUGGAUGUGCGUGCAGGGUUACUUUAUCCGUGCUGCGAAUCUGCCGAGGUUUUGGUAUUACUGGGCGCAUUGGAUCGACUACGAGACCUUCGCCUUUGAUCUGCUCGUCAAGAACGACCUCCGAGGUCUUACGUUCGCCUGCCAGGGCAGCAUCGCGGCGGGAGAUUGCAACUGCUCCUUCCCGAGCUCACUGAUCAGCAAGGGCAUGUGCGCCGUCAGUGGAGAAGACGUCCUCGAAGCGCUCCAGAUCAAUUCGUUCAGCGUCGGCUUGUACGCUUCCAUCCUCGUCAUCAUUCUCGUGGUCUAUCGCGUCCUCUUCUACACCGUGCUCCGCUUCCAGAUGUAA